ACCAAGUUUCAAUUGCGAAGUACAUGUGAAAGGGAAGUUAUAUUUUUAUUGCGAUAUAGUGCUGCAGUAAAUUACAAUAAUUUGGAGUAAAAAAAUAUUAAAAACGUGUAUAAAGUAGUCAUAGAUCAUUAUAAAAUAAGUGAAAUGCACACUUUUAACGAUAUGAGUGCUGGUGUUCCUGCAUUCUUGGCUAAACUAUGGCGUCUUGUGGAGGAUCCGGAUACCAAUAACUUGAUAUGUUGGGGCAAUGACGGUCAGAGUUUUAUUAUUCAAAAUCAAGCACAGUUUGCCCGGGAACUUUUACCUCAAAAUUAUAAACAUAACAACAUGGCAAGCUUUAUACGUCAGCUUAAUAUGUAUGGAUUCCACAAAAUAACUUCAAUUGAAAACGGUGGAUUGAAAUUUGAUAAAGACGAAAUGGAGUUUUCGCAUCCAUAUUUUAAACGUAAUUGUUCAUAUUUAUUAGAACACAUUAAACGCAAAAUAGCCAAUCCAAAAAAUGAUGAAAAAACAGGUAUUAAACCUGAAGCAGUAACAAAAGUACUACAAGAUGUGAAAGCUAUGCGUGGUCGCCAAGAUUCUCUAGAUUCUCGAUUCUCCGUUAUGAAACAAGAAAAUGAAGCAUUGUGGAGGGAAAUAGCAUCAUUAAGACAAAAACAUGCUAAACAACAACAAAUUGUAAAUAAGCUUAUUCAAUUCCUUAUAACAAUCGUACAACCGUCACGUAACAUGUCAGGUGUUAAACGACAUAUGCAGUUAAUGAUAAGUGACACACCAGAAAACGUAAAAGAUAGAAAACCCAGUGAAUCGGGAUCGGAUAGUGGUCCUGUUAUACAUGAGCUCAGUGAAGAAUUGCUAGAUGAAGUUGAAGAUUCUGGUCAGGAAUUUAUUAACAAUCCGAAUAGUUCUUAUGUCAGAGAUAUAACUAGCAACAUGGAUGGUGAAAGUUUUUCACCUUUAAAUAUCGAUAGACCUCGAUCAAAUAUAAGUCACAUAUCUCAAGAUUGUGAUUUUUCAAAUCAAAGCGAUGAUGAUUUAAUAAAUACUUCAAUACUUGAGGGAACUGUUGAUAAUACAGGCGGUUCUUCCAUUGUUGAAUCCAUAAAACCAGAUGGAUCAGAAGUUGUUUAUCAUGUUACUGAAAUUCCUGAUUCUCACUCUACUGAGAUAACAAACGUUAAUUAUAACGAAGACAAUAUAUUAAAUACACCAAUGGGUCAAGAACAAAUGGCGCGUUCAAUGUUACUAAAGCAAAAAAACAAACAACGUCGUAAUAAAAACUUAAAUAGGGAUAGUACACCGUCUACAUCAGCUAAAGCAAAAAAACUUCAACAAAUACAUCAACAUGAAAUACCGCCUAUUGUAAUCAAAUCGGAAAUAAAUACUGAUUCAAAUUCGUUUCCAGAUAAUGAAAUAAUAACAUUCCCCAAUUUAAAUGAAAAUGCAAAUGUAAAAGCCGUUUCUCCUUCUGUUAUUAAUUCUCUUCAGAAUAAAGCACCAAAUUUGUAUAUUACAAAUGAUUUCAUACCAAAUGAGAUUCCUGCAAAUAUAUUUGAGGAUUCAAAUGAAAAUUUUACUCCUGAAUUUGGAUUAGGUGAACAAAAACGUAGUAUUUUGAACGGUGCAUCUAUAAGUGACCCAGAAUUAAUAAAAAACUCGACGCCAUCAUCGAGUAACAUUAAUUCGAAUACGGAAAAAAAGGAUUCUACUGAACAAAAUAAAGGUGAUAACAAUAUGGCUAUUACGAAAUAUAAAAGCGGCAAAAUUGAUAGUGAUGGAAAUUUGUGUGAUGAUGUACAUGGACAUUUGGAAAGUAUGCAAGGAGAACUUGAUUCUCUUAAAGACUUACUUCGUGGUGAAGGUUAUUCACUUGAUGCAAAUACGUUAUUGGGACUUUUUAAUGAUGGUGAUUUUUUAAAUUCCUACGGUUUAAGUCUAAAUGGUGACCAAUUAAACGACAAAAAAGGAUCAGAAGUAAUGACUUAUCAACCAUAUUAUGAUUUUUCUGAUAUAAUGGAUAUGACUGAUAAAGACGAAAUAAAUGCAAGUUCUUCUGAUGCAGUUAAAACUUCACUUCCAGGUGGAGGGUCAGAUUCAGUUCUGAACACUCCUUAUCAUGAGUGAGGUCCAAGCUUUGACUAUACCAGUGUUUGGAGCAAUUUUGUUAUAUAUAUUUAGUAAUAUUUUACUAACUUUAUUAAUAAUAUAAAUAUUUUUACAAUAUAAUAA